CCAGACUCAGCCAUCUUGUGGAAAACGAAGAGAGAGAGAGCCACUCAACAACACGCAUACAAACCCUGAGCUGUCAUAGCCAGCAGAGAACUUCAAGGAAAAAUGGCCGAAACCCAGACACUUAACUUUGGACCUGAAUGGCUCCGUGCCCUGUCUGGAGGGGGUGGCGCCGGUGCUGCCACCGGCGUCGGCGGCGGUGGCGGAAGCAGCAAUGCCGUUACUUCUCCGCCGCUCUCACCUGCGUUGCCAAAGUACAAACUUGCAGACUAUCGCUACGGGAGAGAAGAAAUGUUAGCACUUUAUGUAAAGGACAACAAGAUCCCUAUAGACCUACAUGAUAAGGAGUUUCUACCUAUAUUGCAAGAAGAGCCCUUGCCGCCUCUGGCACUCGUGUCUUUUACGGAGGAAGAACAGAGAAAUUUUUCCAUGUCUGUAAACAGUGCGGCUGUCCUCCGGCUGACAGGGCGUGGAGCGGGGCCCAUAGUUGGGCCACCCAGAGGCCGAAGUACGUCUAGAGGUAGAGGGCGGGGUAGAGGCGACGGCGGGUUUUACCAAAGAAGUUUUGACGACGUGGAAGGUUUUGGUCGUGGAGGCAGGGAAAUGCAUCGCUCUCAAAGCUGGGAGGAAAGUCUGCUCCUUUCUAGUGAUGACUUUUUUUCCAUCAGGGGAGAUAGAAGAUUUGAAAAGCCAGGUCGAAAAGACCCAGAAGCUGCUCCUGGACAUUUUCAAGUCAAUCACAUACCUCCUUUUGUAGCCCGAGGAGUCCCCUACGAGGAGGGCGGGACAGCCCUACCCAGGAAGCACGAGUUCACGCGGUCAGAGAGUGAGAACUGGCGUACUUCUCGUGACGAACAGAGCGAUGGGCCUCGAUCAGCAGGGUGGCGGGAACAACCAGACCAACGUCGGCGUUUCCCGUUUGAUGCAAGAGAAGAGGAGCGCGGCUACAGGAGGCCGAGGUCGGGCAGCGGCAGCCUGGAGGACGAGAGAGACAGCUUACCGGAGUGGUGUCUGGAGGACGCAGACGAAGAGGCAGGAACGUUUGACUCUUCAGGAGCCUUUCAUUCUCUAAAGAAAGCAUCAAAGGAACCUAUCCCAGAAGAGGCAGAGCUUGAUUUCCGACCCUUGGAAGAGUGUGACGAGGGUCCGGAGGAGGAAGACGUUUUACCCAGGGAGACCAAAGAGACAGAAAAAGAGGCCAAAAGAGAACCUGAUCGAAAAGAGUUGCUUAGAUUGUCCGAAGACGGUCCGCCUGUUCCAGCGGCGUCUUCAGCGGUCUCUGAGUCCCAGCUCCCUCCUCAGAGUUUGUCUCCAAAGCAGCCCGGUAGAACAGAGGAGGCAGAAAGGCCAGCUGAACGCCAUCCGUCCCUGGAGCUCCCAGCAGAGUCCUGCAAAGCACCGCUUCGUGUUCCCAUGUCUAGUAGCAUGCUGGAGUCGCACCCCAUGACCCACAUCUCCACCACCCUACCCGAGGUUUCUGCUCCUUCAUCCACUGUUCAUCUAUCACAACAAAAACCUGUGGAAGUCCCCGUGCCAAUAAACAAUCCUUUACCCUACCCAUCAAAUAUGAUGGCACCUAUAAGCAGGCCCACCAUGGUGACACACGACGCUGAUGAAGAUGGACUGAAACAUUUUGAGCAAGAGGCAGAGAAGAUGGUAGCAUACCUCCAAGACAGCGGAGUGGACGAUGACAGACUUGCAGCUAAGCCUUCAGAGAAGCCCAAGCCUGCAGGGCUGCCCCUCACCCACGAAGCGGCUCUCAAGUGGUUUUACAAAGAUCCACAGGGGGAGAUACAGGGUCCGUUCAGUAAUCCGGAGAUGUCUGACUGGUUUCAAGCUGGUUACUUCACCGUGUCUCUAUUGGUGAAAAGAGGAUGUGACGAAGUGUUCCAGCCUCUGGGAGAGAUGAUGAAGAUUUGGGGGAGGGUCCCUUUUACUCCAGGCCAUGCGCCGCCACCACUACAAGCUGAUGGAGACCAGGAGAGGUUAAAGAGGCAGCAGGAGCUCACCGCUCUCAACCUUUACCAGCUGCAGCAGCUACAAUAUCAAUACCUCCUCAGGCAGCAGUAUGCCCAGGCGUUGGCGCAGCAGAAAACGUUGGUUCUUAACUCGGCUCCUGUCCAGCAGCAGCAGCAGCACCAACAGCAGAUCAACAUGCUUCUGCAGCAAUACCAGGCUCUAAAGUUGAGUGCUUCUGAGAGCCUUCUACCUCCUGUGACCCGAUCGCUAUCGGUGCCCGACUCCAGUUCUGUGUGGGAAAUGCAGAAUCCGUCGUCUCAGGCUUCCUGCACACCAAACCUCCAACAAGCUCCCGCAAGCACAUGGGAAGGCAGCAGCGUGUGGGAUUUGCCUAUAGACUCAGUGGCACAAGCGCCGACUAUUGAGCAGAUGCAACAGUUUGAGAAGGCGAGGUCUGCAAAGGAGCUGGAAAGACGGGAGGCAGAGUUGAGGGCAAAACGGGAGGAAGAAGAACGGAAACGGUUGGAAGAGGCGCUCAGGGCUCGACAGGAGGAGGAAAGGAAACGGCUGGAAGAAGAGGAGCUGGCUCGGCAGAAACAGGAGGAGGCGCUGAGGCUGCAAAGGGAACAAGAGGAGGCACAACGCAGGCAAAAGGAGGAGGAGGAGAGGAAGGCGCAGGAGGAAGCUCUUCGAAGAUUGGAGGAAAGGCGGAGGGAAGAGGAGGAGAAAAAGAAACGGGAAGAGUUCCUUCGCAAACAGGAAGAGGAGCGUAGAAAGCAGGAGGAACUGGAGGCGUUGAGGAGACGCGAGGAGGAGAAGAGGCGACUGGAGGAGGAGGCGGCCGCUGCCGCAGCUGCAGCGGCUCUUGCACAGCAGCAGGAGGAGCAAAAACGAAGGGAGCAGGAGGCCCAAAGACAGCAGGAGCUGCAGAGGCAGAGGCAGCAGCAGCAGGAGGCCCUCAGAAGACUCCAGCAGCAGCAGCAGCAACAGCAGCAGCUUGCACAGAUGAAGCUUCCAUCGUCAUCUAAGUGGGGACAGCAGUCAGCCAAUCACAACCACACACAGAAUGCCUUGUCUUUGGCCGAGAUCCAGAAACUAGAGGAGGAAAGAGAACGACAAGCGCGCGAGGAGCAGCGACGUCAGCAGCAAGAGCUCCUCAAGCAGCAGCAACAGCAGGCGCUGCAGCAAGCUCAGCUGUCGCAGGCCAAGCUGUCUGGCUGGGGGAACAUGGCCAAACAGCCCGUUAUUACCAAGUCCUUGCUGGAGAUUCAGCGGGAGGAGGCCCAGCAUAUGAAGCAGCGGAAGGAGCAGACACACCAACAACAUCCAACUGUCACCCAACAGACCCGACCUCAGAACAGAACUACAUCGCUGAGUAACUCGGUUUGGGGCUCUGUUAACGCCGGCACUAACUGGGGCUCAGACUCCAGCAGUAUCUGGGGCGACACCCACAACUCAAACAUGGGCUUCUGGGACGAGGCCGUGAAGGAGGCCGUCCAACAACCUCCCCAGACCAAAAAAGGCAACACUCAGAAGAACAACAAAGGCAACGCCAACCUCAGCAACUCUAUGAGUGGGCGAACCAGUAAGAAGGUCGACGAGGAGGAGAAGCUGCUAAAGUUGUUCCAGGGUGUCAGUAAGAGCCAGCAGGACACGUUUAUGCAAUGGUGUGAGCAAACCCUGCACACGCUCAACACAGCCAACAACCUGGAUGUUCCCACGUUUGCGUCCUUCCUGAAGGAAGUGGACUCUCCUUAUGAGGUGCAUGACUACGUCAGGGCCUAUUUGGGGGACACGCCUGAAUCCAAGGACUUUGCCAAGCAGUUCCUGGAACGUCGUGCCAAACAGAACGCUAACCAACAGAAGCAGGCGCUGCCGAAACAGCAGCAAGCCAAGCAGCAGCAGCAGCAAGACUCUGUGUGGGGGGGGACGGGAUCUUCAGCCAUCUACCAGUCCAACCAUACGAGCGGCCAGCAGCAACGAUUUGAGACGGUCACCUCAGGGAAGAAGAAAAAGAAGCAGAAGAUGGUCCGAGCAGACCCGAGCCUUUUAGGUUUUUCUGUGAACGCAUCAUCUGAGAGACUGAAUAUGGGAGAAAUCGAGACUUUGGAGGACCCAUAAGGGACUACAGCCAAGCAAAUCCCAAGGACUGUAUCCAGUUUGAACAGCAGCUGUUCUACCGAAUCCCCAGUCCCCUAAAGUUUCCACAAUUUCUUUUUUUUUUAUUUUUUUUUAUCGUUUGCCCAUCAUAGAUCACCUCCAUUACAGUUUUGUUUUUGCUCUCUUGCAAAUGGACCUGUAGCUGGAGCAAACUGGUGAGGGAAACAUCUACCAGGCCAAAUCAGCAAAAUCUUCAGAGAUUUUGACCUCCUUUUGGUUUCAGCUAUUUGAUCUAGAAAAAAAAAAACUUCCUGCAAAAAGUCACUGAAACAGAUUUCAGAUUUGGCCUCUAUUGUUCGUGGGUUUUAUUUGAAGUGUGGAUAGAUGGGUGGUAAAGCAUGGUAAAGUAUAAACUAUAUUCAUUUAUUUUGUUUUAUUUAUUGAAAGCCCCCACUUCUCCCGCCUUCCCCCGUUGCCCCCACCCUCUCCCUUUGUUUUUUUUUCAGCUGGUUGUUCGUGGAUAUUAACGGCAAAGUAGAGCCCAAGGAUUCGUGCCCACUUAUGUCCUGUUUUAAGGACAUGUUCAAAAGUUCCAACUAGUUAUCUAUUUCUUGUAAAAUACUAGGCUGUUAAAAGAAUAAACUUUCAAUUCUGCAUCUGUAUUAUAAUAUAUGAAAAAGGACCUGCUGGAAUCAUACUUUUUUAUUACAGUAUGAAUUAAUAAAACAGUCUUAUGUG